AUGUCUUUAGCAAGCGGCAGGACGGGAGAUGAUGAGAUUGAGGCUGUCACAAGCAGUCAACGAGCCACCGACAAGCGCGCCUCGAACGCCUGUCGACAGUGUCGGACCAGGAAGGUAAAGUGCAACGUUGUCGAAACAGGUCAGCCUUGCGACAAUUGUCGCGUCGAUGAUGUCGAGUGUAUCAUCCCCCUGUCAAGGAGGAGCCGGCGAUACCACCUUCAGAAAGCGCGACAAAGCUAUACGCAGCAACCUCCACAAGCUCUCGUUCCGGGCGCAGAGCAAGCAUCACCAACGACAGGACCCGGGCUGAUUCCGACCUCGGAAAGAGCCUCCAGUACUGCACAAGUACAGGAAGACCAUGAUCAUGCCGAUUUUCACCAUAUUCCUCAAGUUGCAGGUUCACAACUCCGUGAAGUUGGUCUUCCUACCUUCAUCAAGCCACCGCAUCGCGAUUUCGAUCAAGAUGAGCUCGACUUUCUAAGGAGACGCGGCGCGCUGUCGAUACCCGAAGAACCACUCCGAGGUCAACUCAUCCUCGCGUGUCUGCUAUAUGUGUACCCCCUUAUGCCGAUCAUGGACGUGCAAGAAUUUCUCGAUGCCGUCGAGGGCAGAUCGGACCGGCGAGUCAGCCUGAUCUUCUUUCAGGCUGUCAUGCUGGCUGGUGUCACGUUUACGGACAUUGAAUAUCUCCGUGAUGCUGGAUUUGAAGGACGACUUGCAGCCAGAGCGUACUUCUCGAAGAAGGUCAAGCUCUUAUACGACUUCGAGUGGGAGAACGACAGAGUCGCUCUGAUACAAGCACUGCUUCUUCACCAAUGGUGGAAUCCCAAAACCAACGACCAGAAAGAUCCAUGGCACUGGCUCGGUAUAUGUGUCUCGUUGGCAACCAGUCUCGGGUUGAACGAUCCGAAUGCUUACACUUCUGUACCCGCCAAAACUUGUCGACUUUGGAGGAAAUUGUGGUGGAGCUGUGUCACCAUGGAUCGCCUUUACUGCAUUGCUGUGCGCAAGCCGCUCCGCAUCAGAGAAGAGGACAUUGUCGUACCGCUAUUAACUUUCAAGGAUUUUGACGUCCAGCCAUUCAAAACCGAAAUCGCUGCUCUCCAGAAUAUCUCUAUGGUCACGGACUGUGUCGAACAAGUCAUGCAAGCCAACAUGUUCAUGUCACAACUCAGACUCCUUCGGAUCGUUGGCCGUAUCAUGGAGCGAAUGUAUACACUUCGAAGAUUCAGUGGCGAAACCUGUGACUGGGCCAUGUUUUACGUUCCAAGGAAAGAUAAUGACUUCGACUACCAGAUCUACGAAGAAUUGCAGAAGGAAUUGGACGAAUGGUCGAACACACUCAAUGACUAUUGCAAACUGAGCUACGAUGGGGAGGACGUAAGCGAAAUGUCACAACGGCCCCUGAUCAUAUCUCGUGGCGUACUGAAAUUAUUCCAUUUACAGGCAAUCGAAACGCUGCAUCGGCCGUUCAGCACACUGACCCUGCAUCUCACAGCUGCUCUUACGGACGCGGAAGGCCAUGCUCAAAAGGCAAAGGCACGUAUCAAAGAGGCUGUACAGGAGAUGCUUGAAAUCAUUCAUACAUUUCGACAGAGAGGAUUCCUUCAAUUGUUGCACCCAAUUUCUAUCACCUGCAUUCUCACCAUCGUCGCCUAUUGUGCUAUGGAGAUCAGAACAGCACUCGCAUCUGGCAGAGACCUUCUCACUACGAACAACAAUCACCAAGACCAAUAUGAGGAGUGUGUUGGCUGCCUCGAAGCACUACACGAUGUUUGGCCCAUCACGCCAGCAUCAUGCGCCAUGGCUCGUCGGAUGGUCUCAAGUGAUCAAACAAGCUUUGCCAGAAACCUCAGGAUGCUGUCGACGCCGGUGGAAGGAACAACAAUUCCCGUCGAUACCGUGCCAAAUGCAGGUCAGAAUCUUCAAGCAUCACAAGCGAACAGCAGCAAUCUUAGAAACCCGGUGCUACCGGUCCAACCAGCAAUGCCUCUUGCGUUAUCGAACAAUGACAGCGAGUAUAUUGACGCAUCAUUGAGCUCGAUAUACUCUGCGGCCGUGUACCCUUAUUACCAUGUCGAACCUGAUCUGACGUUUACCGAAAACUUCACCUUCCUCGAUCCUAGCUCGUUCCUGCCCUGCAGUGAGUCAGUGGAUGGCUUUGGGCGUCCUCUGGGCCCAUAGCGAGCCAUUGGGAGCGAUCGCACUUUCUUGGGAAUCCAGCUACUAGCACUAAGGAACGGGUGCUAAAACCAGGCUCGCCAGUGAAGAUUAUUGAUCCAGGAACAUCAAAGUAUCAGGGCUGAACUCAUUGUCCCGCCUGCUACACUGCGGGGGAGCCUCGGGCAUCAAUACGCGAUGCAGUCUUUCCCUGCCCUUGCAUAGCCAUGGUCGCCUGACGGCGAGAUGGCUUGUUCGUGAUUGACACACAAGCUGAGGCUUCCAUUGUCCUCACCUUCCAUCUACGCAAUCGCGAAUAGGCGGUAAUACUCCGGCUACGGAAGCACCCGAGUUGGAAAAU